UGACGCUCGUCCUCCUGCGACCACGAAGUCAUGUCAAAACGUGACCAUGUCGAAUUGUGAAUCUGUGCGGAACAUUUCGAAGCUCAUUCCACGCAAUCUGGAUUGGAUGAGAAAGAACCUGCCAAGGUGUCGUCCGAUUUUACAAUACGCACGACAAUUCUACUGUACCCUACCAGCGUGCAACUCUAACCCGUGUCUUCAUGGAGGUAUCUGCGAGGAAACAGACACGGGAUAUUCCUGUCUCUGCUUAGGUGGUUACCAUGGUUCCAGAUGCGAGCAUGAGAGAUUCAUCAUGUCUAUGAAAAUCCUUGGACCUGAAGGUCACCAUAACGAAGGACCACUUGCUCUGACAUCUGGCUCGUUUGAUAACAAACAAGUACUGAUACAUCAGGAUAAUUGGAACAGUAACUAUUCUAAAAUGGCGUGUCAGUAUAUGGGUUUUGAAGGAUCAUUCGUUACGUUGAGUGGUGCGCAAUACGACUCAGUUGACACUCCCUCUGAAGUCGGAACGGUGAUUUGUCCUGAUGACGUCAUGAACAUAACUGAGUGCUGGACCAAUGAGACAAGAGUAGUGGUCAGCAAAAACGAAACUAUAGCAGUAGUGUGCUGUCCUGUGAGUCCCUGCAGUCCAUCUGGUCAAGCACUGCGCACCCCCGAUGGUGCUUACUCCGAAUCGUCUUGCUCCUCUACCAACAAAUGCGGCUCUGCUGCCCGUUUGGACGGUCCCUCGGUUUGGAGGCCAUCUAAAUCCGACCAGUGGCAAUGGAUACAAGUUCAGCUGGAGUACAGUAUCGUGACGGCCAUAAUCAUUCAAGGUGGACACAACGCCCCUGAUGUUCAUGAGUGGGUGACAUCCUUUACCAUUUCUUCGAGUUUGGACGGAGAAACUUGGAAUGACUAUCUUAACGUAUACUCGGGAUCAGUUAGGACAUUUCCAGGAAAUUACGACAAAAGUACACACGUGACUCACACGUUCAUUAGGCCAGUCGUUGGUCGAUAUUUUCGGAUUCAUCCGAAGACCUUUAACGGCUACAUCGCUGUUGGGAUGGUUCUCUACGGAUAUGGACCUCUAACAGCUGCUAUAGCUUUACUAAACUUGGAUGUAAAACUUGGAUGCAGUCCUCCUGUACUUGGUGAGGGCCUUGGGGUGGAAGACGGUCGCAUACCAGAUAGUAGCCUGACUUCAUCAACGGUCAUAAUGAAUGGUUACCAUGCAGCCAGUGAGGGAAGGCUCAAUUCUAAUAGUGCCUGGAUUCCCAGUGAUUCGGACACCAACAAGUGGGUGAAGGUGGAUCUCGGCAACGAUACCCUUGUAACAGGUAUCAUCACACAGGGACGAUACAUAGGGAACGGUGAAAAGGUAACCUCUGUGUCUAUCUCCUACUCAAGGGACAAUACCCAAUGGCUUUAUGCACUCCAAGGGUUCUGUGGUACUGUAAACAGAUAUCCCGCAAACUUCGAUCAGGACACAUACGUGACAACACUAUUCCCCAAGCCAGUUACUGCACGGUAUGUCAGGAUUCAUACUCCGACGUACUACCACCAUGCGUCUAUGAGGUUCGAAGUACUCGGCAUCAACAAUUAAACUAAACAGGUUUAGUGGAUCCCGUCAUUUCCUUUAACUUUUAUUUAAAUAGUAAAGAUGAAUGAAAGAAGUUGUAUGCA